UUCCCCGCUGUGUCUUCUUUUGCUUCACACCUUCAGCCUAGUCCGUCUUCACUCUUCCGCGAGGCAGCGAGCAGAGUGCGCCAUAGCCCGCAGGCCGCCGCAGCAGCGAGCCAGCAGCUCCGCCGGACCGCCGCCACCGCGCGACCGCAGAUUCGCAGACCACAGCUCCGUCGUCAGUCGUGAAGCAGCAGCUCCUCGCCUCCCCAGGGAUUUUUUGUACUGCCUGGACACAGAGGCUUCCAACAACAAAAAAGAGCAGUCAAUUCACGGAUCAAAGCUCGAGCUUUCUGAUAUCCAUUAUGCCAAUCAAAUGGGUUUUGCACUGGCAACCAAAUGCUGGCACAACAGUGAACACCCAAAUCCUAACUGAAGUUUCUCAGUGUGUUGAAGGCAUUAAUGGAGUCAAGGAAGGAAGGUGGAAAGCUACUCUCAGCUUCUACAAGCCAAUGCUAAAAGACAUAGCCAAUGCAAAUGAAUUUCCGCGUGACUUUUGGGGGAUUUCACUUCAAGAGCAGCCUGACAAGUAUUACUUUGUCAUUAGAGGGCAACGGCUAGUUAUGGAAGCAGAAUCAUCAAUUCAGAACAUAAUGGAGAAGCUUCAGUCUUAUAAAACUCGGGUUGCACUUAAUUUUGAGGGGUUUCAAUACCAACUUGGUGACUUCCGGCUGCGAGUGGGAAAAGUUGUCCCAAUCCACUCUGAGAGCUUGAGGGGAAUAGUUAUGGAGAUGGAGUAUCUUCCCAUUUCUUCAUGGGAAACAUCACACCAAAUCAUGGGCGAGUUCUUUGAUAUCUGGAAGGAUGCUCUCUCAAAGAGAUCAUUACCAGGUCAUUUUAUGCAUAUCGAACCAAACUUCACAGAGUUUGGCCUCCCCGAUCAGUAUACUCCUCAACACACAGCUGUUCAGUAUGCUUGUAUCAUGGCUCAAAUGAUAGCCACAGCUCAGUCAGCCGCCCAGAUGAGAAACUAGACAAGGCAAGAUCCUCGUUCCAUGUAGUCUUCUUAGAUGUUUUGUUUGUACAAUUUGAGUAUGAACCUUCUUUUGCAUUUCAAUGGGGAUUCGAGCAUAGAUUGAUAGUAAUUAUCACUCUUUUAUAAAAGCCCGAAGUUGGUUUCAGAUUGUUAAGAGUCCCACAUAAAAAAAUAAGGGAGAACAUGUGGGUUUAUCAGGUCACGGGUUAGACUAGCUAAUUGAUUGGAUUCAAUCUUUUAGUGUGGCUUGACACAUGUGCAUUAUAACCCAAUUGAGUGAUCUUGGCCCAUCUUUAGAUUAUAACAUUAUAUCAUAGCAUGUUCGGUCCA